AAUAUCUAUUAGUCCUAGAUGUUCGGAAUACAUUAAUGAGACGGUCCUGAUGAUCUGUGUGAUAUUUAAAAGCAGUGUGAAAAUAAUGCGUACAGUGUGUAGAACUAUAUUCCACAGCGGACGGAUAUCUGUAGACGCUGCUAGUCAUUUCCUUAUGUGGAGCGCAGUGUUUUGUCACUGAUUACUGUACAAAAACACAACUUUUGUAAACUUUAUUCACUGAUUCUUCUCAAACUGGAUCAGUUUUUAUGUAGAAAAUGUUUCCUGAUGUCUCCUCCGAUGUUCCCCGGCCGCUCGGCGGGAACUCUCGGUGAUUUACGGAGUUUGAUGGACAGAGAGCUUCACUUGUUGCUAAAGUAACCGCUCACUGAUGCUAACUGUAGCCGAAGAUCCUCUAUGCUAAUUGUAGCUGCCGUUAGCUAGUUAGCUCAGUUAGCCGAGCAUCUAGCGGUUAGCGGUGCUAUUAGCUGACUGUGACCGGCCUGGGAGCUCGGAGAGCCGGCAGGAGGAGGAGGUUUUCCGGCCCGGGGGGCGGUGUGGGGGGGGAGAAUGGGCACCAGAACUGGAGCCGGGCUGAACACGGCCGGACCGGGACCGAACAAUGACCCGGAUGUGAUUUCCAGCGGGUCCGAGCCGGACUCUGACUCCGGGGAGGACACGGCGGGUUCGGGCGGGGACCGGAGAGGCGUGAAGCGGGAGCGGAGUGAGCGAGAGGUUGGUACCUCCCGGGGUCUGAUCCCCGGCGGGCUGCCGGGAGCCAAACCCGGGAAGAAAACCAGAGGAAGAGUAAAGAUCAAGAUGGAGUUCAUUGACAACAAACUGCGGCGCUACACGACUUUCAGCAAGAGGAAGACCGGCAUCAUGAAGAAGGCCUACGAGCUGUCCACGCUGACUGGGACCCAGGUCCUGCUGCUGGUUGCCAGCGAGACGGGCCACGUGUACACGUUUGCGACGAGGAAGCUGCAGCCGAUGAUCACGUCUGAGACGGGGAAGGCUCUGAUCCAGACCUGCCUCAACUCGCCAGACUCCCCGCCACGCUGGGACCCCUCCUCCGACCAGAGGAUGAGCGCCACGGGCUUCACGGAGACAGACCUCACCUACCAGGUGGCAGAGUCAGAGGGGGCCAAGGACUCGGGGAUCAAACCAGCGGCCUCGGUGUCCGGUGAGGACUCGGGGAUCAAACCAGCGGCCUCGGUGUCCGGUGAGGACUCGGGGAUCAAACCAGCAGCCUCGGUGUCCGGUGAGGACUCGGGGAUCAAACCAGCGGCCUCGGUGUCCGGUGAGGACUCGGGGAUCAAACCAGCAGCCUCGGUGUCCGGUGAGGACUCGGGGAUCAAACCAGCGGUCUCGGUGCAGCUGCAGGGCGGCGCCCCCUGCUGGACGCCCUCCUCCACCAACGGGACGCUGCUGAAGACGGCGGCUGGCGUCGUGCUUCCUGCAGGCUUCACGCUGAUGUCAGGAGGCGGAGUCUCCCAGCAGCUGCAGAGCAUUCAGCUUCAGCCCUCGACCAAUCAGAGCAGCUCGGACACCCGCAGCCCCCCCUCCUCCACAGCCAGUGUCUCUUCGUCUUCGUCCUCGGGGUCUGGUCACAUGAUGUACCCCGGAGGUCACACGGUGAUGUACGCUGCUCCUACGUCCUCAUUGGCCGACGGCAGCCUCACGGUCCUCAACACGUUCCCCCCGACAGGCCACGCCCAGUCACAUGAUCCCGCCCUCCCGCAGGUCUUCCUCACCUCGCUGCCUCCCGGCGGAGCUCAGAUCCCCGUCUCUGCAGUCCAGCUGCACCAGAUGGUGAUCAGUCAGCAGAGCAGCAGCAACCUGACAGAGCUGCAGGUCAUCAGCCUG